GCCAAGCCCCAGAGUGCACUGCGAAUACGUGCGCGCGCGGCUCAGCCGCCGAGCAGCCGCGGGAAAAUUCCAAAAAAGUGAAAAGAAAACACAAAAGCCAAUACGAAGCAAAGUCAAAUUUUCAAGCCACAGAACCCGGGCGGUUGGCAGCCUUUUCGCCACUGCCGAAACUGCUGAAGUUGCUCUGGCGCGGACCACCGACUUCCACCUGGGGUCAUUUCCAUCUGCCUGAAGAGCAUCGUUUAGAGCAGAUUUACUGAUUUGGUGUUUGUUCACUAUUUUCUUCAGUGUGUAGCCAACCACUGUGAAGGCACAGGACUUUGUCCCUUUUUCUGAGAUGGCUGCAGACUCAGCAGGCCUCCCUUCUAAUUAUGAGUUUUGGAUGCAGAAGCUUUCUGUCUGGACCCAGGCCUCCACUCUGGAAGCCCAGCGAGACAUCUGCCUUCACCUGCCACAGUUCCAGGAGUUCCUGAGGCAGAUGUAUGAAACCUUGAAAGAGAUGGAUUCAAAUACAAUCAUUGAAAGAUUCCCCACAAUUUACCAGCUGUUGGCAAAAUCUUGCUGGAGUCCUUUUAUCUUAGCUUACGAUGAAAGCCCCAAAAUUCUAAUAUGGUGCUUGUGUUGUCUAAUUAAGAAAGAUCCACAGAAUUCAAGAGAAUCAAAACUUAAUUCCUGGACACGGAGGUUGUUAUCUCAUAUAGUUUCCACAUCCAUAUUUGAUAUAAAAGAAGUUGGUCUUUUUAAUCAAGUUCUUGGGUAUGCACCCACAGACUACUAUCCUGGUUUACUUAAAAAUAUGGUUUUAUCAUUAGUGUCUGAACUCCGAGAGAAUCAUCUUAAUGGAUUUAACAGUCAAAGACGGAUGUCUCCUGAACGAGUAAGGUCCCUGUCACGAAUCUGUGUCCCACUUGUUACUUUGCCAGAUUUUGAACCUCUGGUAGAGGCUCUGCUCACCUACCAUGGACAUGAACCUCAGGAAGUACUCUGGCCUGAGUUCUUUGAUGCUGUGAAUGAGGCUUUUUUGCUGAAGAAGAUUUCCCUCCCCACGUCAGCUAUACUCUGCCUCUGGCUUCGGCACCUUCCCAGCCUUGAAAAUACAAUGCUUCAUCUUUUUGAAAAGCUCAUCUCCAGUGAGAGAAAUUCUCUGAGAAGGAUCGAAUGCUUUAUGAAAGAGUCAUUGCUGCCUGAAGCUGCUGCCUGCCACCCCGCCAUAUUCAGAGUUGUUGAUGAAAUAUUCAGGUCUGCGCUCCUGGAAACCGAUGGAGCCCCAGAAGUGCUAGCCGGCAUUCAGGUGUUUACACAAUGCUUUGUAGAAGCUCUGGAAAAAGAAAACAAGCAGUUGAAGUUUGCACUCAAGACCUACUUUCCUUAUGCUUCUCCAUCUCUUGUCAUGGUGCUCCUCCAACACCCGAAAGAUAUUCCGCAGGGACUGUGGCACCAGUCACUGAAAUGUAUCUCUGAAAUGCUCAAAGAAGUAGUUGAAGACUACGGGUCCUACGGAGGCCCCUUUGAGAGCUGGUUUUUGUUUGUUCACUUUGGAGGAUGGGCUGAUAUCACGGCUGAGCUGUUACUGAUGUCAGAAGCUGAGGCUGAACCCCCAGAGGCCCUGCUGUGGCUCCUGGCUUUCAGCUGCAGCCCAGGCGCCGGGCAUCAGCAGAGAGCGCAGAUCAUGGUGGAGGUGAAGACAGUGCUUGGCCACCUCACAAAACUGUUCAGGAGUCCAGCCCUCUCGGCCAGGGAUUUGCAGGCAGCAGCUGAAGAGAACCAAGGUGGAGACCCCAGACCGCCUGCUUGUCAGCAGCUGGUCAGACGCCUCCUCCUGUACUUCCUGCUCUGGGCUCCUGGAGGACACGCGAUUGCCCGGGAAGUCAUCACGCUCAUGGCUCAGACGGAUGCGAUAAUGAAUGAGAUUAUUGGCCUCCUGGACUAUACUUUGUACAGAUGGGAUCAUCUUUGCAUGGAAGCCUGUAGGUCGAGAAAACUGGCCAGGGAGCUCCUCACAGAGCUGCGAGAGCAAGCCUCGCCCAGGCAGGUUAACCAGUGACUCCACAUGAUGAAAUGACGGGGCCACUUCUUAACAGCCACCAGUUUGUAGAAGUUGUUCCCUCUCCGCAUUGUGAAAAGGCGCCAUAAACAUCUGGCAAGAUCUGGUAGUACAUGUUUUACAAAGAAUGUCAGGUGAGAUUUACUCACUAAUGACAAGAUUGUGGCUUCAGCAGCCCCUGUGCCUGGCUCAGCCCAAAUGUCAAUUAGAGAACCGCUAAAGAAAAGCCUGGAUGGGAGAAGAGAUUUCUAUUUCCUUUUUUCCCCAUAUCAAACCAAGACACCCGACUAUUAUUUGGAUGUUUCAAACCCUUUGAAACAAGAAGUUGGUCAUGCACCAUUGAUCAUUUUAGAAAAUACCAUAGCCUUUUUCCCCUUUUCUAAGAAGUCCGGUAAUUGUUACCAGUAACUCAUCUCAUCCACCGGGAUGCUCUCUUGCUUUCCUAAGAUGUCCUUCAUUCAGGAUAGCGUGCAUCCCUCGAGUUUCCCGCCCAUGGCCCCUGAGCAGAGCCCACCAAGCCCAGCAGCAGGUCGUGGUGACAGCGAAGCAACACAUCUCAGCAGUGAAAUGAAGCCAGCUCUGGGGCCUUUUGCUUUACAUUCGCUAAGCACUGGCUGUUACUGAAAGAGCUCAUGUUACCUCAAAGGUGGCUGACAAGGUAGGGUUCAGGAUGUGUUCUGGAAACACUGGAAGAGAUUAUAUGUCAGCUGUCUUGUUAACUAAAACGGGAGUUGGAAAUUUCUAAUGAAGAAUUGGAACUUCAACAAUAUUUAUUUCACAUCAAUUAAAGACAUUUUUCCCUUUUAGGUUUAUGCUUUUGCUUUUUUGUGUAUUAUCUGUCAAGUGAGUCAAGACUUUUAUGUCCACUUGGAUUUAUGUAUUAGUCAUCUCUGAAUCUGCCUUAUUCUUGGCUUCUGUUUGAGGAUGAGUAAAGUUUUGUUGUAUUAGACAUUAAGCUUUUAGAGGAAUUACUAGUUUUGGUAUACGGAUCCACUUGAAGGUCUGGAAAAUUCCAAGACCUUUUGACCUGAGCCUUCCAUUUAAGAAAUGCUGCAGUACGAAAGGUGUGCUGUUAAAACACUCUCAUCACAAGUGCCUUCCUCAUGUGCUCUCCUGGGGCUGAGGAUGCCUCUCCUCUGUCGAUUCUUGCUGGGGAAGCUGUGACCAACCUCAGUGGACAUGAAAGAAAAGGCUCAGUUCAGUGGUAGUGAGUCCCCCACUAACCCGAGUGGCCACUGGGAACCAGACCUGGGGGGGAGGGGUAUGCUUCCACGUGGACAUCCAUUCACACUGUAUUUCACAGCAAGUAAUAAAAACAGAACAGUUACCUA